AUGUUUGCAGUUGCAAUCAACUCUAAUGAACAAGACUUUCUUGAAGCUCUUAAAAGACCAGACGCUAUUUUGGCCGGUGCUGGAAUCAUGUUGGUCUCAUGCGUUAGUGGAGCUCAGCUAUCGAACUACACAACUUUCUUGACCGAUCCUUCGCUCGUGCCGCUUAGCAUCGUCAUGACAUCGCUCUCAACCGCUACGGCGGUCCUCGUUACUCCCAUGCUUUCUCUCUUACUCAUUGGUAAAAAGCUUCCCGUUGACUUGAUUGGUUUGAUCUCGAGCAUUCUCCAGGUCGUGGUUACACCUAUUGCCGCAGGACUACUUCUAAACCGGUGA